ACUCUCAACCCAAACAAAUCAUCGUGUGACGUGGCUAGUCGCAAAAGCCCUUGCAAGAUAAAGAAUAAAAUCAAGAAUAUUAUGACUUUUGGGAUACAAUUGCUAGGUAUGUGUUAAUAUGUCGGACAGCGAAGCCCCAGGUGACACUGCUGGGAGUUCUGAGUUCGCAGAGCCAUUCGCAGAGACAGAGGCCCCACUGCAGCAACCCAUGCCUGUGACAUUAACAGACAGUGCUCAACAGACACCAGACAGCUCUCCACAGAUACCACCUGGAGACAGCACCACAGAUAACUCCACAGAUGUCGCCCCGACCAGGAAGGAAAGGAAGACCAGGAAAAGACCAGAGCCAAAACCUCCAGUUGAAGUCCAGGAGACUCAGGAGGAUAAACCCAAAGUAGAAGAAGAGCCAGCCAUGGCACCCAGUGAGUUGACAGUAGCCCGGGGAGGAUGGGGCUACUGGGGGAGCUGGGGAAAGUCCAUCAUGUCAACGGCCUCGGCCACUGUGGCCACUGUAGGCCAAGGGAUCACCCAGGCUAUUGAGAAGGCAGAGACUUCACUGGGAAUCCCCAGCUCCACAGAGCUGUCUGCACCAAUUAGAGAGGAGGACAAACAAGAAGGUGAACCCAGUAAUGAGACUGAUAAAGGGGAAGGAGAUGGAGCAUCAGCCAUGGGAAGCGCCAUGGGAAUGUUCUCAACCCUCAGCAGUGUUGUUCAAAGCACUGGGAAAACAGUCCUAACAGGGGGUUUGGAUGCCUUGGAGUUCAUAGGCAAGAAGACCAUGGAUGUCAUAGCAGAGGGAGAUCCAGGUUUCAAGAAAACAAAGGGUCUGAUGAUCAAGACUAACACUCUUUCUCAGGUCUUACGGGAGGCCAAGGAGCGUGAGGAGCAUCAAACAGCCGAGGAGGUUUCCUCAGACACGGAAAAGAAGGCCCAUUACGGAAUGCUGUUCGAUGAAUUCCAGGGCCUAGCCCACUUGGAAGCUCUGGAGAUUCUCUCCAGGGAGAGUGAGUCAAAGGUGAAGUCUGUUCUAACCACUCUGUCUGGAGAGGAGCUGGCCCAACUCAAAGAGGACCUGAAGCUCAUCAAGGAACCCUUCUCUCUGGUAGAGUUUGACGACGAGGAGGUGGAAGAAAAGAAAGAUGAAGAUGGCGCUGAGUUUCUGAGGGAAUUAACAGAGGCCCUUGAUGGACUACACAUACCCACAACAGCUGACAAACUUGGCAAGGUGAGUAAGAAUGCAUGUGACCAGAUUGCCCAAAUGACCAAACCCAUAAAGGAAGAAGAAAGGAAUGAAGAGGAAGUGGCAAAAACCUAUACUGUUGAGAAUGUCCACUCGUCAGCCAUCAAAAGCCUGGCUGAGCUAACAGCCAGAUCCAUAGAGCAGUUCCACAAAGUGGCCGAGAUGAUCCUACUCUGUACCAGCCAGAAGGUCACCACUUUGGAGCAGGCCAAAAUCCUCUCGCAAAUAACAAUUGUUUUGUGUAAAGAGAUAUCACUACUUUCCAAGAAGUUCACCUCCUGUUUAACUACAAUAGGGUCAAAUGAAAAGGGAGAUGUCCUCAAUCCACUCAUAACGGGAGUAUUUUUGGAGGCUUCAAACAGUGCAUCGUACAUCCAGGAUUCCUUCCAGCUCCUCAUGCCUGUAUUAGAGGUGUCCCACAUUCAAAGUAGUGCUGACUCUAACCAACAGUGACCACAUCUUUCUGCCAGCUGUGCGAACAAGGGACCCUGACAAAAAGCAUUGACAUGUCAUUGCGGUUUUAAAAAUACUUCCUCAGCUUUAUAUUAUAUUUAUUUCGAAGCCUAUCUAAAGUGCCACGCCUCAGAAGAAAUGUACCUUUGACAAACAGUGUUUACUCGUCGUGAAGUAGUGUAGUGCUGUUGUUGUAUAGCACAGUAGAUAUACCAAUGUACACUUUUUGAGGAGUCUAGAGCUGACAUGUUUGAAUGACAUUGAUGUUUGCAUUUCUCAUACAAAUACUGUGCUUAUGUACUGACAUUGAGAAAUUCUGAAUAUAGACUUUUCCAUGUCUCUGUUUCACAAUUACCAUGAUUCAAUGCAUUAUUCAUAACACCAGGACUUCAGGAUAACCCCAAGUACUUCAGGUGUCUGUAUUGCAAAUUAAUGUGAUAUCGCUUUGGCACACAUACCUCCCUGUUUAUCUUCAGGUGUAAUUGUAUAACCAGAAAAUUAGUAAUUGAAUGAUGACAACUAUUGUAAUUGUAUCUUAGUAGGAAAAGUGAUUGUGGUCAUCUGUGUCUUGGAACUGUAUCAGGUUUUCCUUGGACUUUUGGGGCUAUUUUACGGUCAGGUAUUUUACGCUUUUCAAAUAAAGAUAAUGUCUUAAACAACAUCCUAUUAAA